UGUCGAUUUACUUUGUACUCAAUUUGUGACGGUUUUCGUCUGCGAAAAGUUGGGAAGAAGCAUACUUGGUAGCAUAUUUUGUUUUAACUCGCACAAACUAAGGCAGAGAGAUUGAUUUCCCUGAAGAAAUCUACAUUUUAAGCUUUCAAACCGCUUUUUACCUUCAGGUAAGUCUCUCCUUUUCUAGGUUCGCGCUGGUCCUUGCAUGAAUUGAAGUCGUUGUGAUAAGCUUUUAUCACUCGUUGCUCUGAAGUGUCGUAUUUGGGCGUUUUCUUUCGUGUUUCUGAAAACUUGGCGCAUACUCGAAAGAUUUGUACGUUUCCGUGCUAAUUCAAGAUAGAGAAAAUGCUGUUUUAAUUCCAUUCGAGUCUUUUCGUCGGACGAGAUUUGACUAACACGGUCUUCCCCUUCAUGACGCAAGGCCUUUAUAAUUCGCCUCUGAACGCAAGAGUGGACAGGGAAAAUAAUCAUUUCUUUUUCAAAUCCCUUCAGCCAAAGGAGUCUUGAUUGAUCGUAUAUUUUCUACCUUUCUGGAUUUGCUGAAAUAUCGUGUACCUUCUUUGAGAAUUAACAAUUUGCGCGGAGAUAUUUACGUGCUAGAACAACCGUUGUUUGAAUUGAAGAGACACAAAGGUUUGACAUGAAAAAAAAAGAAUCGUCUAUUCCUUUUGAGUUUAAAAAAAUUUUUUGAAUGUAAGAACUUGUAUGGAAAAACUUCUCAACGUACAUAGCGAACUCAAGAUAGAAAACGGUUCCACAAGGAGGAACCACCGGCAGCAAAUUCUUGAAGAGACGUAGUUACUGCUUAGCGAUGUUGGGUAAGAAUGUUUAUUGUUCUCGGCUGUUUUAACUUCGAUGGCUGUUAAUGUUUAUUAUAUUCAGCUGCAUAGUGGUUCUCAUGCGCGUGAUUUUAUGAACAGAUUUGGCUACGGAUGUUCUUCGUACCUCAUUCGCUUUUCUUCCCCUUUACUGAUGUAUCACAUCGGACUGUUCAGACGUGAUUACGUUUUUCUCUAGCUUUAGGGGAAAAAAUUUCGCUCAGCAGAGUCCAGUAUACUCUGCAUUUUCUUGAUAACGUCUUUUCCUUUCAAAUAUAUCAAAUUUGUUAGGCUUGGAAUAUCGCAAACUCUAUUUUAAGCACAAGUAUACUUAAGACCAAUCUCAUUUGACCUUGAAAUUCAUUUGAAGUUCUAACUAAAAUCAUGCAUACUUGUGUUUCCAUCGCAUUGUUGUUGUCUUUUCUCUGACUUUCACUCAUUUAUUUUUCGCUAUGUUCAGUAGCUUUUUAGUAGGAAUUAAUUCAGCUGUAGGAGGUUUAGGAAACGAUAGUAUUUAGCUUAUCAUGAUGGUUAACAUUCACGAAGACAAAGUUGGUUAAAGCUAAAAGAGUCAAAGUGUACCCUAACACUGUUGUAGCUUUCUGUUAGAUAAUUAUUUUGAAAACUUGAAUGGCUUUCUGAAAUAAAGGUAUUUCAUUUACAUUAUCAACUCAAAAAGAAAACACAGGAAUUGUUUGUAAAAAUGGACCAACAGGAGUUUCCAAACAAUACUACUGUUAUUUCUAGAGGCAAUUUCUAUUUUGUUCAUUCAGGCAUUUUUUGGUUGAAAUUGUUUUUCAGUGAGAUUUCAAAACAAUUUGUACUCAGAUAUAGUGGCAUAUAGGAUAUAGGAGACUUAAAAAAAGUCAUUGACAAGCUAGUGGAGAGUCCUUGGUUAUAGGAAGUCAAUAGAUAACUAGCCGAGAUAGGAUGGUGACUGGGAUAAAUCACUGGCACUCCUUAAGUUAGGCAAAUGCUUAUUUUGCUCUGAGAGAGUUCACAUGUAACAUAUUUACAAAAUAGUUAAGUAUUUCUAGACCACUAAUUUCAGAUUUUACUUUGCAUUCCAGUAGGUUUAAGAAUGGGUCAAAGUGACACAGAAAGCACAUCAUCUUCCAUGAGAGGAAAUCCUGGUUCUCCACGUGACAUUUCUGUUCUUUUAGAUGAACCUAGUGCAGAGAUACCAAGCUUUCAUCAUCCAGGACAUAUUUCCCCAUCAGUAUCAACUUCAUCUAGUGACACAAGUGAACUGGAUAGUUCAGUAAUUGUUAUAAAUCAGACACCUAAGCGUACGGAGAUCCCUGUUAUUGAUCUUACGUCACCAGAUGAAGGUGAUGAGGGUUCAGCAAGAACACAGGGAAAUGCAGCAGCUCCUCCUCCAUGGUGAGAAAUUGAGCUCAGUCCUUCACUGAAUAAUUCCCUUUGCCCUUAACCCUUAUACUCCCAGAAGGGACCAAGACAGAAUUUCUCCUUACAAUAUCAAUGUAAUAUCAAACAGAUAAGUGUCAAGAUUAAAGGAAAAUAUCAAAUAGGGGAUUAUAAGUUGAUCCAACACCAAAUUCUUUGAACGAACAUUAUCCAAAUUGUAUGGCAGAUAGAAAGGAGAAUUGCUGAGGAGGUCUUAGGAGUUGGAAGGGUCAAAACAAUGCCUUAGUGUAGGUGUACUGUAAUUGUAAUUUCUUAAUUAUUAAUCAAGAUGAAAUGUCUUCUAGAUAUUCUUAAUAUUCUCCAUUUUGUCAUGUUUCCAGUGAGGACUUCGCACAGUUUGCUUCUAAUUUCCGUUGGCGUCUUCAAGGACGUGACUCCAGAGGGCAACGUUUUCCUCUCAAUGAAAGUCGUUUACGUUCACGUCGGUUUCGAGGCAGGCAUGUCCCUUACACAAAUUUAUUUGAGCGUGGUCCUUCAGCUGCAGGCAGGAAUGAAGCACUAUUAGCAGAAUUUGCUGACUUUGCACCAAGGCCAGCUCCUUCUGGAGAAAAUAAUACACCUAUUGUUAUUGAUGAUGAGGUAAUACUUGUUUCUCUUUAUACCGAGUUAACCCAUUUUUUAAAUCACUUGUGAGCCACACUUAAAUCCAAACCUUUGGCUUUUUCCAUUGACUAGUUUUUUCAAGAUAAAAUUUAUAAUUGGUGAAGUAGGAGGGACCCAUCAAUUUGAUAGUAGGCAAGAUAAAAGGCUCACUUGAAGAUAAUGUUUUACUAUCCACUUGAGGGAAGCCAGGUGCAAAUUAUUAUGUAUCCUGGUGUAGCUUCCUCUAUCCUACCUUUCAGGAAUUACAAGGCUCCUGCACCUUGAAGUGAAACAAACAGGCAAUUCCUCAUUUCUUUUUUGCAGUGAAACUUUCCCUGCUAAUGAAAUCGCUUCUCUUUUACCAUGUUAAAAGAGUAAACUGUUCUAUAUAAGAAAGGAUGUCAAAAUUUCUCAGGAAGAUAGGAGAAUGAAAUCACCCUUUGAAGUUUGAAGUAUCUUCAUGCAUACACAAGGGUAAAUUUGUAAAUGUUUUGGUUAGAAUAAUACUGUUUAUUUAGUUUGAAUAAUUCAUUGAAAGCUUUGUUUCUAUUUCUACAGAGAUUACCUUUUGCUCAACACCAAGUUCCACCAAAUGAUGCACCAAGUUGGUUUCUGUCAGAUAGACAACAUCGCAUGGAACGUUUCCGUCGCCGACUCAAUGCCUCUCGGCAAUCCACAAGGUGCUAUCUUCAGUCAGAUGAGGCUCUCGCUCACAGAUUACAACAGGUAAAUUUUUGGAUAUUGUAAUUUAACUUUUAACUUUUUAUCUAGGGUAUACUUGAGAAAGAUGAAGAGUCUUCCUGUUUCACUUUUUAUGAUCAAGACAACAAGAUAAAGUUUAAAGACUGGAUUUGCAUAGAACAUUAUGUAAAGCUACAGUCAUUGGCUAAAGUCUUGGGAUGCUUAAAUUUUUCCCUUCCUAGCUGUUGUGGUGUUUGCUUCACCCUUCUUACCCUUAAUACAAUGUCUGACAUUGAAGCUUCAAGUGGUUGUGGAUGGGUUGAAGGGGAAGGGACAUUUCCUAGGUAUAAAAGAACAUCUUGCAUUAAAGAAUUUUGUUAAGGAAAACAAUUCAUAUUAUUUCAGGCUGAAUAUACACGCGACGUAGAAGAAAAUGUCCAUGAUGCUGGGGAUACAACCCAAUCAUCUGGAGCUAGGAUUGGUGGCAUACAUGCAAUACCUCCUACUGUGGUAAGAAUGCCUUAUUUAAUAGCAUCUUCUUCUUCUUCUUCUUCCUCCUCUGUUGUUUUUGGGUAAUCGUUAUAAAUGUAGAAACUGUGAUCAAUAUGGUAUUCCACAAAUACUUGCAUGCAUACACAUUUGAUGGUAAAACCCAUGUGAAAACAAAAUAACUUCUGUUGUUAGCAGUUUCUGAUCGAAUGAAAUUCUAACCAAUUUCAAUAAGAAGAACAGAGUUUUUCCUGUUGAACACCAAAUGGUUUCAUGGAAAGCUUAAGGUGUUAAGAAGGGACAAAAGAAUUAUCAAUAUUUAUUGCCUUGUUUGUGCAAUCAAAACUGUGCUUGAAAGUACAAGAUUUAGAAAUAACAAAUUGAAAUCUGAAAUUAGUUUUGCAUUGUGUUAUGUAAAAAAAAAUGAAUAUUUAAAGCAAUAUUUCUACAGGCAGGUCCAAUGUAAAUUUAGCCGAGGCUGGUGUAAAUGGAGGUCCGUGUAAAUAAACUUACUACAAGGACAGAAAGGAGAACUAAACUGCAAUAAUGACAAGUUGAUUGGUAUACUCAUUCAUUGUUCCUUUCUGUAGCACCAGCCACCAGCACCCUCUCUACAGGUACGACGCAGACGUCCAUUCCACACAACUUUUGCAAGUCAAGGCUUUCCAGAACUACUUCUUCCUUUUGUGUAAGUAAAUUUGUUACCCUAUGUUAAAUGGGAGAAGUUUCAAACAUGCUGUGUGUAGCACAAAAUGAAUUGUAGGCAAACAAGUUAAAGACCCCCUUAACAUUUGCCAGAUUUGAGAUUUUCCCCUCAGUAAUGUGGUGAUAACUGAGGUAGAUGAAAUGGAUAUGUUUUUACUGGUAAUUCAUCAUAGCUAGGCAAUAAAAUAUGAUUUUGGUUGAAAUUGUAGGUCUGUUGUGUCAUUUCCUCCCCCACCUCUUCAUCAUUAUGGGGACUCUACCUCUGGGCAUUCAACUGAGGGAGAGGACUAUGAGGUGAGGAGAAUAAUUAUUAUGUUAUACUGUUUUGAGGGUACGGUGAUUUCACUUCUGUGCCCGUUUCACACUCACAAAAAAAAUUCACACAACACACAUUCUUUGAAUAAUAUUUCACUUGUCAGGAACUUGAAAGGGAAACUUAGAACCUCACGUUACCUAGCCUUUCUGUAGGAUUCAUGCAUCACUUAUUAAUUUUUACAAACCUUUUGCAACUGUCUGUUUUGUGUGUCUUUUCUCUUCUUCACUGUAAAUAAUGAAGUUUUAUUUUAGGUCGUGGUUUAGUUUGCUCUUUAAUACAUCUGUACUAAAAAGCCCACCAGAAGAGUAUGUUGCUUUCUUGUUAUUACUGAAUGACUUAUUACUUAUCCUAUAACAGGCCUUGUGGAAUCUCAGUGAGAGGAUAGGAUUAGCCAAGGCUCGAGGGCUUAGCAAAGAAGGUACUCUAAGUCAACAUUUACCACAGCCCUUUGGCUCAGUGCCUUCUUUUUUUAUUUUGGAAAAAAAACUGGGGCAUGAGCUGAUGUAUUGUUACUUAAGAAGUUUUUUCACCAUAUAUUUUUUUUCCAUUCAGUUUUGAUCCACUCAGUCUUGGACUGAGCACUUGUAUCAGUAUGGGGUUUUGUAGGCUGUCUGUGAAACAUUCUUAAUAACUCUAACAAUUUUAUAAGUUUAGAGAGAGAGAUGCAUUGUAAUAACUGUUUCUGUAUUCAAGCAAAUCUUGUAAAGUCAAACUUUUGAUUUUAGGUUAAGCACUUAAAAUGCCCUUAACACCUUAUUGUAUUAUUAUUAUUAUUAUUAUUAUUGCUGCCAGCAAACAAAUUGGUGGCAUAAGUCUCAGUUGUUUAUUUUUUCCUUGUUUCAGUAAUUGAUAACAUUCCAAGUUUCCGCUACAGUGCAAGUUCACGAGAUUAUUCCAAUGGAAAUUGUGUGGUGUGCAUGAGCGAUUAUAGCAAGGGUGAAAAACUACGACGUCUACCUUGUAAUCAUGAUUUCCAUGCCAAAUGUAUUGAUCGCUGGCUCAAGGUAACAUGAGCACUUCAUUCUGUUUCAAUCAUUUUAUUAUUUUAAGUAUUAAAUGACUAGUGGUGAAACUGUUCCAUUGGGAUUUUAGUGAUUUAGGGUCAGGUGUAAGUUUGGUUUUCACUUCAACAUAAGCACUAGUAUGAGUGGUGAUGAGGUGCUGGUGUGCAUACAUGUAAGCACCCCUAACAUCUUGUUGAAAGUUCCCCUUACUGUUUGCUGUACAUUUGUUUGUGCUUGUGUUGUGGGUGCUAACAGUAGAACCAUCUUUGCAUUUGCUUGUGAUGGUGCAUAUGUGGUUGCAAAAACCAGGCCUUUGGUGUUAAGCAUGAUAGUGAGAGACUUGGGUCUAAGCUCAUCACCUCCACUUAGGGGUAUCAAUCAAAACUAGCUAAUGUUUUGGAAUGAGAUGGGGGGAGGGCUUCCGUCAUGCAUUGAACUAUUGUAAAUAUAGGUACAUGCACUUUAAUUGGUCAAGGAUUCCGUUACAUCUUUCCAUAAUCACUGGGGACAAGAUGAUGACAACAGGAGCACUUAUUAACUUUUUGGGUUUAACUGGCUGCAAUUGGCUUCUUGUUAGACAUUUUGACCUGUUUAAUGCUUUCUUGCAAACAAAGGUUUUGGCUACCACUACUUUAUAUCUAUGGGCUAGACUCCCUGUCUCAGCCCUUUGAUGCAAGACAUUUUGGAGGCAAAGAAAUAGGGCAAAUUUACAUUUUUGCUCUAUUAAUCACCGUAGUAGUUGUAACAAAACAAUUAUUUGCUGAAGGAAAAGUGAAUGGUAUUUAACAAUAUUAUAUAAUCGUCAAGACAAAGUUGGAGAUUAUAAAAAAAGUAUUCUCUUUGCCUUCAGCAAAUGAUUGCAGGAAACAAAUCAGGGAUAAGAAGGGUCUAGCACAGGGUACUGAAAUAACACUUGUACUGAAGUGUAAGCUGCAGCUGUUAAUAGCUAGUUUACAUGCUAAUGGUAAAUCAGAAACUAUGGACGGAAUUUUUUAAUAAUGUUGUGAAUUUGAUUUUCAGAAUAAUCGAACCUGUCCUGUGUGCAGAGAAGAAGUCAUGGAAUCUUGAUCUUUGCCUAACUUUUAAACAAGCUCCAAUUAUUCCUUAAGAUGAUUAUAGAAAUUCUGCUGUUGAAAUUGAUAUAUAUAUAUACAUAUAUCUACAUAUAAUGAUUAAUGCAUUGUUGUUGUUCUACACUCCCGACAUUUGUAAUGUUUUGCAAACUCUUGUUCAGUCUGUUAGAAAGAGAGAGAGAAGAUUCAUUAUAUGCUUUAGAAACAACUCCAACUUAUCAAUAGUUUUUAUAUUGCAUUGCUAAAAUAUCUUCAAAAUUGUUGAAAUAGUUGUAAGCUUCAAGGAAUAAUAGUAAUUUUGUUCCCCCCACGAGUAACAGUUCCUUUAGUCAUUUGUGUACUAAAUAUAGUUUUCUUGAGAUCAUCUUAAGUAAGAGGGUCGUUGUGGCAUGUACAGAUCAAGGUACUUUCUCACUGUACCUUCAGAGUUUCUUCUGUCAGUUUUGUUACACGUUGAACACAGCUUCAAUCCAUCUUGUGAAAGAACCAUGUCAACAAAUGUGUUGCAAUAUAUUUCAAAUCCAGCAAAAGUAAUUUUACAAUUGAUUGUAUUCAUACUUUCAGGAUGUUGUGGGAGUAUUUUUGUUGGCACUGUCAGAUGUACUAAGCAUAAGUUUCAAUGUUGCACCUUCAGCACUUUCCAGAAUUAUUUUUAAAUCUAGGACCUUGUUUAUUUUUCCAUGCACUGCAAUCCAGGACUUAAGGAUGAGUUUAUAUGACUUGGCUAGGAAAUAUCUUUAAAAUUAUAUUGUUAUGAAAUGAAAGAUUCCUAUAUUCACAUUUGUAAGCCUAGAAAUAAUUUCCUCUAACAUUGGUUUGAACUCAGAGAAGUUGCCACAGCUCACUUGUAUGAUAGUUAAUGAAUUAUGUGAAGACCCAUAGUGAAAUUUGUACAUAAUAUUUAAAGAAGCUUGAGUAUGUAGACCAAUUGCUUUUAUUAUAUAUCAAGGCACUGCCAUAGCAUUAAACACAUUUAUACAGCUUU